GUUCUAAAUGCCAUUAGGUUGCAGAGACGUUGAUCUAUAAAGCACGAUGCAUCUGUACGCAGAAACCAUCCGUACCCAAGCAUACAACUCGAAUUACUCAGUUCAUUAUGAUGUCCUCUUCCGCCAUACCUCUGGUCCUGCUCUUAGCAACCAUCGUGAAAGGCCAUGGGGGCGGAAUGCACUACAUCAUUGACGGCGUAAUUCACGACGGCUACGACAGCCGCGUCCGGAACAACGAAAAAGGCACCAUCCAGCGCUCCUGGACCUGGGACUCCAUCCCCUGGGAGGAAAACGAAUGGUGGUCCAACAUCCCAGCCUUGACCUGCGGCGCCAACGGCACCGCCUGGGAGAAAUCCUACCAUGCACCGCACCGCGCCGGUAGCAUCGUGAGCAUUAACUAUACCCACCCUGAGCUCCCGGACUACCGCUUCGGCCACCAGCACGGCCCCAUGUGCGCAUACCUUGCCGCGUGUCCGGACGAAGGGUGCGAGAAAGUCGACAUCCACGCGCCGAUUUGGUUCAAGAUCUUCGAGAAGGGGUUGAAGAACGGGACGUGGCUUGAUGGGUACUGGUACAUGAAAGAUGUGGAGAGUGGUGCGAAUCUCGAUGUCCAGACGCCGAAGUCGCUGAGGCCGGGCAAGUAUCUUCUAAAGCAUGACAUGCAUAAUCUCGAAACGGGAUUUAAUCAGUACUUCACGAAUUGCGUUCAGCUUGAUAUCAGUGGUGAGGGAGACAAGCUUCCUGCGAAGGAGAAGCUUGUUUCAUUCCCGCAGGCGUAUGAUAAGGACUGGGGUGUCAGUUUUCCACCCAAAGGCUCUGGAGCUGAGUGGUUUUAUACAAAGAAGAACAAUGAGGUCGUAUAUCCGCUUCCUGGGCCACCAAUCUGGGAAGGUUAA